AUGUCACCUCUAGUCACCGUCAGAGUCCAUCUCUUCUGUAGAGGUACCAGCCCCUGCGCUGACGUGCAGUACAGACAGGUGGAGUCGAUAGGGAUGUGUGUCAAGUUUGUCACAGCACAUGACAACUACGGUCAUCAAAGAGCCCUGUGUGAAGCCCAGCCCAGGGGACGGGUUGUCAAUCUCGACACCAGUGCCAAGAUUGCAGCCAUUGACACCAUACACAGAGCAGACUAUAAGAACAAGGGGUUCUUCAUCGGACUGACCAGAGUUAUGGGGGGUGACUAUCAGUGGACAGGUGGAUUCCGCGUCACUGCCGCCAAGUGGGCCCCCAGGGAACCCGGCAAGCAUAAAAACGACCUGUGCGUCCUGCAGGCGCCCUGGUUUGACUACAGAUGGGACGACAUCUACUGCACAGAUGCAUUUGGCAUAAUCUGUAACUUCUAA